UCUUUUCCAUUCUCUCUCUAGAUUUAUCUUCCAAUCAAAUCGCAGAAAAAGCUGCGAACUCUCUCCUCUCUCUCUCUCUCUAAAAGUUUUUCUCUUCUUGAGUGGUUUAGAGCAACCGGUUUGAGCUCAAUUUGCGAUGGAACUUCCUCUGAAACCUUUUGGAGUCGAAUGAUUCGUGGAUUGGCUCAAUGUCCGACCCUCGCUUCUCGAUCCGCCACUGACUCGCUUUGUUCAGCCGUUCUCUGAAAUGUUGAAACAUAGAACAAAAUGAGCCACACCGAAAUAACAAGGAUGAAGCCUUCUCCUGUCCCUCUUGCAACUUUAAUUGGUCGUGAGCUUAGGAACGAGAAGGUUGAGAAACCAUUCGUGAAGUAUGGCCAAGCUGCUUUGGCUAAGAAAGGAGAGGAUUACUUUCUGAUAAAGCUCGAUUGCCAGAGAAUUCCUGGGAAUCCGUCGACGUCAUUUUCUGUAUUUGCGAUAUUUGAUGGGCAUAAUGGUAUAUCAGCUGCAAUCUUUGCGAAAGAAAAUUUGUUGGAUAACGUCUUGAGUGCAAUCCCUCAAGGAAUCAGUAGGGAAGAGUGGCUUCAAGCACUUCCUCGUGCGUUGGUUGCUGGUUUUGUGAAAACUGACAUAGAAUUUCAACAGAAAGGGGAAACUUCUGGGACAACUGUGACGUUUGUUGUAAUUGAUGGGUGGACUGUGACUGUUGCAUCUGUUGGGGAUUCUCGAUGCAUAUUAGACACUCAGGGAGGCGUAGUUUCUUUGUUGACUGUUGACCACAGACUGGAAGAAAAUGCAGAAGAGAGAGAGCGUGUAACUGCAAGUGGGGGUGAAGUAGGAAGGCUUAAUGUUUUUGGUGGCAAUGAGGUUGGCCCCCUUCGCUGCUGGCCUGGUGGAUUAUGCCUUUCUAGGUCAAUUGGUGAUACAGAUGUAGGAGAAUUUAUUGUCCCAAUUCCACACGUUAAGCAAGUGAAGCUCUCAAAUGCCGGAGGGCGAUUAAUUAUCGCUUCUGAUGGGAUCUGGGAUGCACUGUCUUCUGACAUGGCUGCAAAAUCUUGCCGGGGAUUGCCUUCCGAGCUUGCUGCAAAGCUGGUUGUUAAGGAGGCCCUAAGAUCAAGGGGUCUGAAAGAUGACACAACCUGCCUGGUUGUUGAUAUAAUUCCGUCAGACCUUCCUGUGUUGCCUCCAACGCCUAGAAAGAGACAAAAUGUGCUUGCUUCACUACUCUUUGGGAAGAAAUCACAGAAUUCGGUAAACAAAGCUAAGCUUUCUGCUGUUGGAGCUGUGGAGGAAUUAUUUGAAGAGGGUUCUGCAAUGCUUGAUGAAAGGUAUGAUCUCUUAACAUAAGAAAAGGAUUUCAUAGAGCAGAAUUCCAUGUCAAUUGACCGACUGCUGCUUAUUGCUGACUAAAUGUGAGUAAUAUUUCAAAAUGGAAUUACAUGCAUUAUUUUCUUAUAUGUUUAUUCAAUCUGGUUCUCUUAAAAGCUAUAGACGCAGUUUUGUUACAUGAUUGUACUUUUUUUCUUUUUUGUUAUUUUUUUGUUAUU